GUUUUAAUUAAACGGCCUCAAAAUUAACUACUCAAAGUAUCAUCAUAACGCUAUGUCGUUAUCCGCCAUAGCAAAGCCAAUAUUGUAUUCGUAUUGGCGCAGUUCCUGCUCAUGGCGUGUACGCAUAGCCCUCAAUCUCAAGGAGAUUCCCUAUGACAUUAAGCCCAUCAGUUUGAUCAAGUCCGGGGGAGAGCAACACUGCAAUGAAUAUCGUGAGGUUAAUCCCAUGGAACAGGUGCCAGCUUUGCAAAUUGAUGGCCACACCUUGAUUGAAUCCCUGGCCAUUAUGCACUAUUUGGAAGAGACUCGCCCACAACGUCCCCUACUGCCACAAGAUGUCCAUAAACGUGCCAAAGUUCGUGAAAUUUGUGAAAUCAUCUGUUCAGGCAUUCAGCCCCUUCAGAAUCUCAUCGUUUUGAUUCAUGUCGGCGAGGAGAAGAAAAAGGAAUGGGCCCAACAUUGGAUUACCCGUGGUUUCCGUGCUGUGGAAAAGGUCCUCUCCACUUCGGCUGGCAAAUAUUGUGUUGGCGAUGAAAUCUCAAUGGCCGAUUGUUGCUUGGUACCACAAGUGUUCAAUGCUCGCAGAUUCCACGUUGAUUUGCGCCCUUAUCCAAUCAUUUUGCGCAUCGACCGCGAAUUGGAAAGUAAUCCAGCAUUCCGUGCUGCCCAUCCAUCCAACCAGCCUGACUGCCCACCGGAGUUGCCAAACAAAUAGAAUUUUCCGCAGCCAACUGCAAAGCGACGAAAAACGAAGAAAU